AUGGCUACAUCCCAGCCACCACCACUUCCUCUGGCUCCGGAAAUCCUUUAUAGCAUCAUCGCCGACGCUGUACUGUCGUAUUUACAAGGUCUGCUGAGCGAUAUGGAUGCUCCUCAGCACAAUACCUUGCUCGCCUUGACGCUCGCAUGCAAAUCAUUCCAGGACCACGUUGACGUAGUUCUCUCGCAUGCCCUUGGCUCGCCACAAAUCGCCGCAGGAAGGAAAGUCGCUGAACGGAUUGACUUAAAGCUUACCUGGUUUAUUCGUAUUGCACGACAGCACAUCGUGAAGGUAUAUGCCUUGAGCGACCAACCCGAGGCGGAACUGCCAGCGGAACCAGCACUGGUGGCAUUUGAAGAUACCUUUCUUGGAAUCUGUAUAGAGGCCACAAAAGUAAGGGUGAAACACCUGCAGGAUCAGCUCACAGGGCUUCAUAAUGCGUUCCCUGCUUUAUGCGACUACUGGCAGAAGAUACUGGACAAGACGAACGUCAUUUGCACACAUGCUGCCAGGAUUCCUCACAGUCUCUUGAGCAACCGAGCGCUCGGCGUUUCGGAGCCGGGCUGCAGGCUGUAUAAACUCAUCGCGGUGGCUGCUCUAUCCGGGGAACUCUUGCGGAGGAGCAAUGGUAGGUGGCGGGAGGCCCUAACUCAGGAUGAAGGGAGAACGGUGCGAGAUAGUCAAACAUGCAAGGACUUCAUUGCCAGGACAGACCUGGCAUUAUCAUUACUUGAGCUUGGACAGAUGGCCGGCGACUUACUAGGCAGACCUGAGCCGAUAUACAACAACUUCGUCUGCCCUUACCAUGAGCCAAGAGAACCCACAGACGAAGAACUUCGCGAAGCCUUGCAGGUAUGCCUGUUCUACCCCUUUUCCUAG